CUAUAUCCUGCAUUGGUGAUCUACUGGAAAAAAUACCAAGAGAGUUUAAUAGAGAAAGUGAUGGCAUGUAAACAACCUAAUGCCAUUACUGGUGAUAGAAGACAUUUUUCCAUGGGACAUAGUGCUAAAUAUUGUGCAUAUACAACAUUCUGUUGCACAGUACCUCAAAUCAUUAGUUUUUCUCUUGUGCAGAGAAAUGAAGUUGGAAAUAGCGCUGGUAUGGAGUUUGAGGGAUUUAAAAGAUCAAUGGAUUUUUUAAAUCUUGCAAUAUUCUAAUCUCCAUGUUAAUCACUGACAGGCACACAAAAUUGCUAAACAUAUGAGAGAGAAUUGUCCAAGUAUUACCCACUACUUUGACCUUUGGCAUUUGACAAAAAAAGUGACCAAAGUCCUGAUCAAACUUGCAAAAUGUGCUGGACGUGAGUCUUUAUCAAGCUGGAUAAGACCUUGUUCCAACUGUUUGUACUGGAGUGCUAUAUCAACACCCUCUGGUAAUGGAAAUGUGAUUGUGGCUAAGUUUAAAUCUUUCCUUGGUCAUGUCGAAAGCCAACACAGUGGAUUUUCAGACCCUUUAUUUGACCAAUGUGCUCAUGAUUCCAUCAUAUAACCAUGGAAAUGGCUAAAUGAAGAUUCUAUAUCAUACAAUAAGAUGUAUGCAGCUUUAACUAAACCAAGGUUGAUUGCUGGAAUCAAAGCUUCUCCAAUGUCUCACACAAGUGCAUUGGAGGGAUUUCACUCAGUUCUUAACCAGUUUGCACCCAAAAUGAUCAGCUAUUCUUUUUCUGGAAUAUUCUGCAGUUAUUCUAUGAAACAUGUGUGAUGAAACAUCUAUGUGUCAUUACAGUUUUUAUUCCCUGGUGCCAAUUUAAACUCUUUUAAGAAAUUGAAUGCAAUUUGAUAUUUCAUGAAGGCAUAUCCUUGCUGUUACUCACUUAAACAGCAAUUUGGACAGGAAUAAUCAAAAGGUUAAUGGAGUACCCGAGGUUAAAGUGCAAUAUCCAAAGUUUAAAAAUGGUGAAGCUGUUGUAAGAAAUGUGAAAGUUGCUCAAGAUUUUGGUAAGCUAUGCCUCUUGUUGCAAUCGCUUUAUCUGAUUUCAAAAACACUGCUGACGAUGAGCUAUCAGUAGAAGAAAACGAUUUACUGAACGUUGUUAGCAAAAAUGAUGAAAACUGGUGGAAGGUAAGCAAUCGGUAUGGAGAAACUGGAUUGGUGCCUGUAAAUAACUUGGCAGCGCAUGUUACUGACGAAGCCAUCAAGAUCAAAUCUCGAGGGAAAACGUUGAUUAGAUAUGACAGCGAAUACGAAGAUGCGUUGUCAGUUUAUAAAGGACAAGAAGUGGCGAUUUUUGAUAAAAGUGAUGAUUAUUGGUGGUAUGUUGGAUUCCGGGGUCAAAUUGGCUACUUGCCUAAAAAUAUUAUAGCAGAAUUCGAGCCACCUAACGGAAACGGCAAUCGAGAUUUGCAAAAGUUUGAAUUCCAAGUAAUGGUGCCUUCAAGAGCUUGUUGUAAAGACGAAACUGAUGUCCUUGUCACAUUUCAAAACCCUCUUCCAAGCAAGGGGCAAUAUUUUGUUAACUUUAAAGGAAAUCAGAGUGACUUAAGGGUUCAUGGUGAAUUUCUCAACGAUUUCACAUUGAAAUUCACCACACCAAUAAACUCUCGUGCAGAAAAAACAAAAGUGACAAUUCAUCAUCAGCGAUUCGGACUCCCCGAGCAGCUAAUUGCUAAAGGAAUUGAUUUUGAGUUCGAAUGUAGUGAAGAUGUCGCUUAUCGCCUUCUAAAGACAGAGGAUGCUCCCUUGAAUACAGUGCACCAUUUACUUGAAAUCUUCAACCCUAAAUAUGAAGACUUGAAGGACGUCAAGAGCGAGAGUAAUCUUGUUUACGAUUACGCAACUGUUCGAUCAUGGAAAAACGUGGAAGAUUGUUAUGAUAAAUACAUUGUCAAUAAUUAUCAGUAUAUCUUCAUGGAUGGUGGCAAAGAAAAGGAUGAAGGCAAUUGUGACGACACAAAUGACGAGAACAAGAGUAGAGGCUUGAAUGUUAACCAAAGAAUGUCAGAGGAAGAGGUUCUGCUCGCUCUUCUUGCAAAGUUUGUGAAAGCACAACAAAUAACACAAAAGCUGGCACAGCAAAUAGCGGACACAUUUUACCUUAAGACGACAGGAGAUGAUCCAGUUUAUGAAGAUAUUAAAGAUGAUGGUUAUAAUGAUGGUGAAUGGGUUAAAAACUUUCUCGACUACGAUUACAACAUUCGAGACGAGAUCCAUAACAAAUUAAAAGAAGUCUCGUGGUUAGGUGGAGCCCUUGGUACUGUGCAUAAAAAUAAAAACAAAGAGUUGCCAUAUGAACAUUUGUAUGUCACAGUUGAUAACAAGGAAAACAAAUCAGAAGAUAUUUUGAGAAAUGAGAUCGAUGAAAAGCUUGGAUUGCAAACAUCAAAAUUUAUUGAAUUCCGAGAUAAACGACCAAAACUAAAUUUUCGAUAUAAAUCAAACCUCCGUGCUGAGGAUAGUACCUUACCAAUAAAUGGUGACAUACAGAUUCAGAGUAACGACAGUUCUCAAAAUAACGAUAGUCUCAACAGUAAUAGUUCUCGCAAUGAUACUUCUCAAAUGAACAAUAUUUCUUGCAGCUCUCUGACAAUGUUUUGUCUUAUGAAUGAAAACUUUUAUGCCUUGACAUGUGCACAUGUUGCUUUUGUUACAGAUCAACUUUCAUCGACACAAACAUUUGGUGAGGAAAAUGAGGUUAUGAUGAUUAUGGAUAACGUUAAUGCCAGAAAUGAAAACGAUGGUAACAAGUAUUUCUACCAGCUCCUCAACUCUGACGAGAAAAGACAACUCGGUAGUUUUCCCUGCAAAACUGUUAGUAAGUUUAACAGUGAAUCUGAUAUGAUGUGUAUUCCAAUUGGAAAGAAAGAAGAUUUCCAACACCUCGGUGGAGAUGAAAUGGAUAAUAUUGUUUUGAAGUUUAAUGAAAUAAAUGAAGAGCUUUACAAAACAGCAAAGAACAAUGAAGGUGUUGUGGAAGUUCGUACAAGUCAUGACACCACUGGUGUUAUCAGUGAACGAAAUUUUUUGUACAUUAACGAGAAAAGGACACCUAUUUUCAAAAAUGCUGUGAAGGUACAAAGUAGGGAUUCUUUUUUGCAGAAUGGUGAUUCUGGAAGACUUGUUUAUUUCAAAGAUCAAGCAAAUAAGUGGCGGCCAUUUGCUUAUGCAGUGUGCGAAAUAGAUGAUGAUAUUGAAAGUGCCGAGAAAUACUGUUUGUGCUUAAAAUUAGAUAAAGCUUUAAAGAUGCUUGAUCUAGAGGAUUGUGAACUUUUUGGAAAGAAUCUUAGUUCCUCUCAUGAAAAAUUAAUGUCUAAUAAAGUGUUAGCAAACAAUAUUUAAUCAAUUAUUGCGUGACAGUGGUGACUUGUGGUGGAUCCGUAAACUAUAUCACGCAUGUAUAGCCAGUAAUUUAACAAGUGUAUUAUUAUCAUUCUAAUUUGUACAUCUAUAUUUAAGAUUAUGUAAGAUUGUGCGUAUUCAAUAUAUAUAAAAUUAUGAUUAUAAUGUCAGUGCUAACCAGUGCAUCCAUAUUUUGUAAUUUAAUUGACUAACCAGACGUAUUAUUUAUUGUAUAAGAUUGUAUAAGCAAGUUUCUUAAUGAUAUAAAUUGUUCAAACUAUUAAACCUUACAAUAUGAGAA